AUGCCUCUUGCGCCUGUGCAGCUAGUCUGUACGAUGUCCAACGGAUCGACAAGCGUCACAACACCGAAAUUCAAUGUCGCUCAGACGGUGACGCUGGCUCAGGACUUUGAACUCAUCGAGCACCGCGGACUCGAGUUCUCGCUGACGUUCGAGACCACGAUGGAUAACGAAGCCAUCAGGCCAGGCACACCCACUUCCCAGCCCGGCACGCCAACGCGCUCGAGUCCUGCCGGCAUAAAACGCUUCUUUGCAAACUCUUCUCCCAAGAAAGUCAAGAGCGGCGCAAUACUCGACCCUUUCAUGCUCUACCUGAGCCCGUCCGGCACAUUGGCAGGUACAAAGGUCAUCUACGAUGAAAUAGCAGACCGAUGCUUCGGUACAAAGUGCACUUUCCAGUAUCCUCUUGUCUCGCCCAAUCCAGAACGUCGAGAAGUAUUGGGGUAUAUACAGAUCGAGAUCUUCUUCUUGCCGGCCAUGCCGAAGCACGUCAAGCUGCCACAGACUGUCGACCAGUGCUACAAGGGUCUGCGCGCUGCUCUGGCGUACCAUCAGACCCAGUACAAGGGUCAUCUGAGCCAGAUGGGUGGAGACUGCCACGUUUGGCGUCGACGUCAAUUCCACUUGCAAGGCAGUCGUCUUGUCGCGUUCAAUGACGUUACGAAACAGGCGCAUGCCAUUGUCGAUCUUUCGAUGAUGAUAUCCCUUGAAGACACGGACGAUGAGCAAGUGGCUCGCAAGAUAGAGCGCACCAACGAUGACGACGAGCGCGCCUACGUUGCCAAUUCGUUCCGCUGCCUCUUCCGGGACGGCUCCGAGAUCUCAUUCUAUGCCGACACGGCAGACGAGAAGCGGGACUGGAUGGAAGUCUUGGCAAAGAUCGAGAAGGACACAUUUACGUUCGGGCCCUGGGCAGAAUGUCUCGUCUUCGACCUGCGACUAGAAGAUGCGCGACGUGCCGUACACGUAGCUCAACUUGAAGCAGCGAAAGACUCUGUCGAUGGAGAUAGCUUAUAUUCUUGA